AUGAACCUCGCCGUCAAACCCACCACCAUUAAGUUUCUUUGCAGCUAUGGCGGCCGGAUUCUCCCCCGUUACCCCGAUGGAAAACUCCGUUACCAUGGUGGAGAAACCCGUGUUCUUUCCGUCGAACGAUCCAUUUCUUUUGCAGAGCUGCUGAUGAAGCUGGGAGAGAUGUGUGGAACAUCAGUUGUGAAUCUAAGAUGUCAAUUACCAACAGAAGAUUUAGAUGCUCUUGUAUCAAUCACUUCCGAUGAGGAUCUUGCCAAUCUAAUCGAAGAAUAUGAAAGAGUUGCACCGCCGGUGGCGGGGGCGGCGGCACCAUCUCUGAAGAUAAGAGCUUUUCUUUCAGCUCCGAAAACCACCAAAACAGUCUCACCACCACCCUCUACUACAUCGCCCGAAUCUUCUUAUUCAGUCGCUGCAACCUUCAUGCUACCUCCAAGGUACCCAAAAACAACUGGUGGCGGAGGCGGCGGCCGUUGCUUCCGUCACGUCCGCCGGCCACCGGUGUACGUGUACACACAACCUGCCGGAGAAAUCACCGGAGAAACUCCACACGAGAACACACAAGAUCAAAACCCUUUGCAAGUUGGGAUUUAUACCCAGAAAACAAAUACUUAUAUAAGCAGUAUAUAUUCAAGAAGGCUAAAAAUUUCCAGAAAAAAUGAAGAAAUUAAAAGGUAUAGAAAGAAGAAUUCAAGAUUUAUUUUUAUUUCAGGAAUUAAGAUUGAGGUCGAGGAGGAAAUUGAUCAUCGGCCAGCUGAGGAAUUGUUUGAUUUAUGA